GGUCACUGGUACUGGGUCACUGGUACUGGGUCACUAGUACUAGGACACUGGUGCACGGUCACUGGUACUGGAGACACUAGUAUUGAGACACGGGUACAGGGACACUGGUACAGGGUCACUGGUGCAAGUUUUACUAGUACUGGGACACUGGUGCUAGGAUUCUUUCACGUUGCUGGACUUAUGAUGCUGGGUCCUGGUACUGGAGACACACUGUUACUGGGUCACUGGGUCACUGAGAACUGGGACACUGGUACUGGGUCACUGGUACUGGGUUUGCUAGUACAGGGUCACUGGUACAAGGACACUAGUGCUAGUCACUGGUACAGGGGACUUACUGGUGCAAGGGACACUAGUACAGGACACUGGUACUGGGACACUAAUUUUAGGGAGACACUAUUUUCAGGGACACUAGUGCUGGAGUCACUGGUACUGAGAUUACUGGUACUGGGACACUGGUACGAGGACACUGGUACGGGGACACUUCAGGUCACUGGUACUGGAACUGCUAGUGCUGGAGACACUGGUGCUGGUCACUGGUACAGGGGACUUGCUGGUACUGGAGAUUUACUAUUGCUGGGACACUGGUACUGGGUCACGUACAGGGACACUGAGCCACUGGAACACUGGUACACUGGGACUGGUACUGGGACCUGGUACUGGAACACUGGUACUGGGACACUUUCUGGUACUGGGGUCACUGGUACUGGGUCACUGCUGGUACAGGGACACUGGUACUGGGACACUGGUACAGGGACACUGGUGCCUGGAGUCACCUGGUGCUGGGACACUGGUACUGGGACACUGGUACAGGGACACUGGUGCUGGGACACUGAGUACUGGGUCACUGGUGCUGGGUUUCACUGGUGCUGGGACACUGGUGCAGGGACGCUAGUGCUGGGACACUGGUGCUGGGAACCACUAGUACUACAGAACACUGGUACUGGGGACACUGGUGCUGGGACACUGGUACUGGGACUUGCUAGUACAGGGACCUGGGUACUGGGUCACUGGUACUGGAGUCACUGGUGCAGGGACACUGAUACUGGGUCUUUGGUACUGGGUCACUGUGCUGAGACACUGAUGCUGGGUCACUGGUACUGGGUCACUAGUACUGGGUCACUGGUACUGGGUACUAGUACUGGAACACUGACCACUGUGGUGCCUGGGACACUGGUGCAAGGAACUGGUACUGGGUCACUGGUACUGGUCACUGGUACUGGAACUACUGAGUACUGGAACACUGGUACUGGGUCACUGGUACUGGGACACUGGUACUGGGACACUGAGUACUGGGACCACCUGAGUACUGGAACCACUGGUACUGGUGGGGCAGUACUGGGUCACUGGUACUGGACACUGGUACUGGAACUGCCUAGUACUGGAAAACUGGUACUGGAACACUGGUACUGGGUCACUGGUCACUGGUACUGGGUCACUGGUACUGGAACACUGGUACUGGAACACUUUGGUGCUGGGUCCAACAGGUACUGGGACACUGGGUACUGGAGUCCACUAAAUUCUUGGGUCACUGGUACUGGAACACUGGUACUUUCUGGAACACUGGUCUGGGUCACUGGUCACUGGGUGCUAGUGCCUUUCUGGGACACUGGUACUGGGUCACUGGUACUUUCAAGUCCUGGGUACUGGGACUAUGAGUGCCUGAGGUCCACUGAGCACUACAGAGUCCACUGA